AUGAGUGCCGAAGAGGACGAGCUGCCUGAUGGACUCGAUGACCUGGAUCUAGGAGAUGAUCUGGGCGAUGUGGGAGGUGACCUAGGUGAUUUUGAGGCACCUCCCGUUGAGGAAGACACCAAGGGAGUUACCCGAUUCCAAAUGAUCGAGUACAUGAACCAACGCGCAUGGUGGAGACAAAGUCAGUGCAGGUUGUCUUUCACAGGGCUUUUGUGGCUGAUUUUCGCAUAUUUGGCAGUGAUGCGAUCGAACGUGACCCGAGCUUACGAAGUGCAAGAAGCGGUGGUCAACUACGUAGAGGGCAUCAUCUCCCAUCCUGGGGUGAGUGGCGUCCGUUUGCGCACGCCGGCCGAAUCCAACAUGCCUUGCCGUUGCGGCUGCCGUCACAUCGGUGGUUUUCCUGAGACCUCCUGCUCAGACGAUGGCCAGACAGAGGCUUUCGAGUUCCUGGGUCGGCUUCCAGGUAACACUGCAGAGCGGCUUGUUGCAGCUACAGGGGGCUUCUACCCCAUGGGGGCCCAGGACAUGGAGCCCAUGACGUGGCGCCGCAUCCAUGGGGCUCAGGAUGUUUUGGUGUGGCUUGAACAUGGGUUUCUUCCCAAUAUUUGGGGCACUGUGGCAGGGCGGGUCAUCCGAAGACCUGGCUUGAUCUUGAACCGGAACUUGGUGGUAGGUGGUGUCCGUGCCAGGCAGAGGCGCGCAAACUUGGAUUUGGAAAGUUGCAAUCUACCACCUUCGCUACAGGGCUGGUACACUGUCCAAUGCCGCAGCGCAGAAGCAGCUAGUGAUCCCUUUGGCCCCUUGGCGGACGUGAACUUCACCCUGGUUGACCAGAUGCCAGUUGGAGUGCGAAACGCCUUCUUGUCAACCGGGACCGGCGCCUACGAUGCUUACUUUGAUGUGGAGCGGCCACUCAGGGACGCGCUGGAGACAGCCACGCAGCUGCGCCGCAAUGGCUGGUUGACGGAAGCAGCAACAUCUCUCCAGCUGGAAGCCCUAAUGCUGAACGGCGAGAGCGGCUCCUUCGUGAUUCUCAGCAUCAACUUUGAGUGGUUGAACGAUGGCGGCAUCACCAAGACAGUUCGAAGCCAUGUGUUUCGAGCAGUUCCUGGACAGACCUCUGUGAUGGAUUUUCUGCCGGAAAUUUGCUGGCUCGUGCUGAUCCUACUUUUGCUGAGACAAGAGCUGUGGGAAGUGUUGAAGAUGACUUUCAGGCGUGAGCUUCGAAGCUAUUUGUCAAACUUCUGGAAUGUCGUGGACUGGGUGUCCAUCGGAGUGGGCAUUGCUCUCGCAGUGUACUCAUUGUGGAUCCAGGAGUACACAGCAGUGCUGGCUACAGCUGUCUCACAGCUACCACGCGCCCCUCUCGCUAGUGACAUUGAUGAGCUUGCAUACCAGGGCAGGUGGUCCAAGAACAUUGACGAUGCCCACGACAUUGUUGUUAUGCGUGGCUACUUUCAGUUGAGUCUCUUCUGGUAUUCCUCGAUUAUUACUGCAAGGAUGCUGAAAGGGUCUCUUGGUCAGGCCAAGUUGGCGAUGAUACAGAUAACUUUGGCGGAUGGCUUUUGGGACGUCCUUCACUUCAUGAUGAUUUUCCUUGUUGUCUUCAACAACUUUGCCGUUGGGGGGAAAAUCUUAUUUGGUCCAGAGCUGGAAGGAUGGUCGACGUACCCGCAGUGCUGUGCUAGUGCCGUGAUGAUGCUGAUGGGAGCGGCGAAUUUCGAUCAGCUCUACGGAGUUGCGCCGAUUUCAUCAACAAUUUGGUACUGGCUGUUCAUCUUGAUGAUGAUGUUUCUCAUGAUGAACUUACUGACGGUGAUCAUAGUAGACCAUUUCUGCCAGACAAGAGAUUGCUGCGGUGACACUGCCGGAAUCCUGCAUGAUCUGAAGCUCUCGUGGAAAGAGUUCCUGUUCAAGCUUGAGUGGCGCAGGGACCAGCUUCGAGAAGGAGAGUACAAGGCAUGUUUCCUUGGUGAUCCUUAUGAAGGCCUACUAGAGGGCUUGAUGCAGAAUGCAAAGGCAGGAGAUACCAUGGAGCAGGCUGCUGAGAAGCACUGCUUGGCCUUGCGACUGAAUAGGAAAAAGAUUGAGGACUUAAGCGUGGAGGCCCCAUCCGCCGAUGCAAAUCCUGGCUUUGGCAUUGUGAAAAAUCUUGAGCUCCGGAAGAUUGCCUGUGAUGCAAGUACUGCCCAGUUCUUGCUGGACGGGUGCGAGAAUUUUGUAGCAUCAGAGAAGAGCACUCUGCAUUUGGGAGUGUUGAAUCAAGUGCGGAGCUUCGUAAGCUUGUUGAAGCAGAGCAAAGAGACGUUGGACUCCCACUGCAAGUUGAUGGAGGAGGGCAUCGUCGAAGAUCAAGAAGAGCUGGAACAGAUCAUGACCCGCCUUGAGGAGUCGGUGCAAGCUGCCUUUGAAGGCUUCCAGGAGCUAGCCUCCACGGGUAUUGACACCCUGGCGCCGCCAGCCCUCGGCCAAGGUGGAGAGAUGAAGCAGGCUCUCACUGACCUGAGACAGACUGCAAUGGCCUGA